AAGUCUAGUGUCUUCAUGGGCGUGGACAAAAAAUUCAACUUACAAGAAUGGAAUAACAUGCCUAAAAUAUUGGCCAACUCUUUCAAAAGUCCCAGAAGAAAUCUACGAAAAUGCUUUGAGAAAUUUUUAAUAUGUAGAGGCAGCUUGAAAGAUUCAAUUCCAGGUUUCAUUUCUCUUUCUCUAUUUGAAUAUACAAAACAACCUUCAGAGAUUUCCGCCUUCUUGAUGAUGACUCUGACCAACAUAGUCAAUCCUUUAUCCAUUCUUUAUUCACUCUUGUAUGUAUUUCUCCUUUGAAUAUUCAUUUUCUAAUGUUUCUUUCCUUUUCCCUCUCUCCCCCCACUUGGAUUUCACAAACCAAGAAUACCCUUUUUGCUUUGGGACAUUGCUUUUGCUCUGUAUUGUAUCUGUGAUCAGAAUACCCAAAUGGUAAAACCUAAGAGGGCAUUUGAAGUGUUGAGUUAGUUAUUACAGUCGGUGGUUAUUAUAGUAGUUGGGUUACAAUAGUAUAGGUAGGAAAUAGUAAAUAUUGUAAUAAAGAGAGAAAGAGAGGAUGAGUAGGAAAUAGAAAAAGCAUAUAGUAGAGAGGAAUUUGAAAUAGUAAUACUAUAGUUAAUUGAAGGUAUAAUAGUUAGAAAUUCCAAUUAUUAUAAUCCGAUUGCUGAUGACAUCCCUGAGUUUCUAAGAAGUUUUGAUUUAAAUCCAUUUUCUGCUUCCAUGUUCUUUCUCAGUUCUUCAUGUUCAUUGAGUUGUUUGAAUGAUAUGGAUUGUACAAAUAAGAAAUGGCUGUGUUUGAUGUACAUUUUGGAAAUUUAGGGAAGACUUUUGAGUUUCAUCAUGUAUAAGAGGGUCAAUAUCAUUUUAUAGUCUGAACUCAUAUAUUGACCAAAGUGGUAUUAAGUAAUCAAUGCCUUUCCGAGCUCUCACAACUCAUUAUUCUAGGCAGAGUCAAAACACUUUGAAGCUAGUGGUCUAUGACACACUUGAAUCUUAUGAUUUCCUGGUCAUUUGGAUUAUAUGAGCCAAAAAGGUAAUGUUUUUCUUAGUUGGCAAGAAAAAUAUAAAGAAAAAGGAUUGGGGGCUUCUUACUGCAUAUAUAUAGGAGAGGAGAAAGUAGACCCAUUGGCCUAUGCCUUUAUGAAAAAUGGGAAAGUUUCCUUUUCUUUUUUCUUUCUUCUUGUUUGCUUUGAUGGUUUCUGGGGAGCAUGAAACUGAAGGAAACAUGAAGUCGACGACGGAGGAUAGCAGAAACGGCAGAAUAGGUGUCAUUGUAGACAAAAGUUCCAGGAUUGGUAAGGAAGAGAUUUUAGCUAUGCGGAUGGCUGUUGAGGAUUUUAACUCCUUCAGCAAUCGAAGUUUCAGUCUUGUCAUCCGAGACUACAAAAGUGAUCCAAAUCUUGCAGCUCUUGCAGCUAAUGAUCUCAUCAGUAUGCAACGAGUUCAGAUUCUUAUAGGACCACAAACUUGGGAAGCUGCAUCCGUAGUUGCUGAGGUUGGAAAUGAGAAACAGAUUCCAGUUCUAGCCUUAGUUAAUGAAAUACCAAAUUGGGCAACUGAGCGGUUCGAGUUUUUGGUCCAAGCUUCUCCCUCCCAGUUAAAUCAAAUGAGGGCUAUAGCUGGUAUCGUCAGUUCGUGGGAUUGGCACCUAGUCAAUGUUAUAUAUGAAGAUAGAGAUUUCUCAACCACUGGAAUAUUUCCUCAUCUUGUACAUGCCCUCAGAGACAUAGGAGCUGAAGUAAGUGAAUUUGUUGGUCUCUCUCAAUUUGAUUCUGAUUUAUUUUCCAAAGAAUUGGAGAGGCUAAGAAGAGGGUCAAGCAGAAUUUUUGUAGUUCAUAUGUCUUUCAAGUUGGCAUUACGUCUAUUUGAGAUAGCCAAAGAUAUGGGAAUGAUGGGAAAGGACUAUGUUUGGAUCACUACUGAUUCUUUCACAAACCUUGCACAUUCUUUCAAUGCUUCUAUCAACUCUUUACUACAAGGAGUUGUUGGAGUCAAGAGCUUCUUCCCUGAAGACAAUCCUCCAUUUCAUGAAUUUUAUCGUCGGUUUUGUAAACGGUUUAGAUUAGAGCAUUCUGACGAGGACAAUCACGAGCCUGGAAUUUUCGCGAUUCAGGCUUAUGAUGCUGCAAGGACAGCAGCUAUGGCAAUGAGUGAAAUCCAAGAAAAGGGUAAUCACUUGUUGGAAAAAAUAAAGCUCACUGAUUUUCAAGGACUCAGUGGAAAGAUUCAGUUUAAGGACAGAAAAUUAGCCUUAUCUGAUACUUUUCAGAUCAUCAAUGUGAUGGGGAGGAGUUAUAGAGAACUAGGCUUCUGGUCUGAUAAAUUAGGCUUCUCAAGAGAGUUGAGGAAAAAUUCGUCUUCGAGCUUGUCGAUGAAGGAUCUCGGUGAAGUGUUUUGGCCAGGUGGAUCUUCGAUAACUCCAAGGGGAUGGGUUGUAUCAACAGAUGCCAAUUCAUUGAGAAUUGGGGUGCCAACUAGUUCCAUGUUCAAACAGUAUGUACAUGUGGAAGAAGAUCCUAUGGGAAACAAUUUAUCCUUCAAUGGACUUGCAAUUGAUCUGUUUAAAGCAACAAUAGACAACCUUAACUUCCCUCUGCCGUACCAAUUUUUUCGUUUCGAUGGACCAUAUGAUGAUUUGGUGGAGCAAGUCUACCUGAAGAACUUCGACGCAGUCGUAGGUGAUAUAGCGAUAUUAUCACGACGCUAUAAAAAUGCAGAGUUUACACAUCCUUACUCAGAAGCAGGGCUGGUGAUGGUAGUUCCUACCAUAAAAGAUACAAGUAAUCGAGCAUUGAUGUUCACAAAGCCCUUUACAGUGACCAUGUGGUUUGCAAUUGCUGUGAUAAAUGUCUACAAUGGCUUUGUAGUCUGGUUCAUAGAAAGAAAUCAUUAUCUGAGUCAUGAAGGUUCGAUGUUUAAUCAAGCUGGAACCAUGCUUUGCUCAUCCUUCACCACCCUCUUCUCCUUACAUGGUAAUGUGCUGCACAGUAACUUGUCCAGGAUGACCAUGGUGGUUUGGCUAUUUAUGGCACUUGUGAUAACUCAAAUAUAUACUGCUAACCUUACAAGCAUGCUCACUAUUCAAAAGCUCGAACCGACUAUAACGAAUAUCGAAACUCUCCAAAGGACAAAUGCGUUGGUCGGAUUUGGUAGAGGAUCAUUUGUCAAAAGAUAUUUGGAAGAUGUCUUACAUUUUCGUGCCAAAAACAUAAGAAACUACUCUACACCUGAUGAUUAUGCUGAAGCUCUCAGAAACCAGGAGAUAGCAGCUGCUUUUCUUGAAGUCCCUUUUGUAAAAAUAUUCCUUGCAAGAUUUUGUAGGGAAUUCAUGGUUUCUGGGCCAACCUACAAAGUUGGAGGAUUUGGAUUUGCAUUUCCAAGAGGCUCUCCACUGUUAACGGAUAUUAAUGAAGCAUUGCUUAAGGUAUCUGAAACUGGGAAGUUCAGAGAUUUGGAAGAUAGCAUGAUUGCUAAUGAGAAAUGUGAGGAUGAGGAUGCAAAGGAUGAAAAUUCAAGCCUCAGCCCCAACAGCUUCUUCAUAUUAUUUGUAUUGAGUGGAGGAGUAUCAACAAUAGCUCUCACAUUAUACAUAUUUAAUGCUCAUAACUUCAGUUUUCAACAGAAUACCAUUUGGAGAUUAAUGAUAGCUGUAAUGAGAAACUGGGGAAAGCACAGAAGGCGAUUUUCUCGACAAGUAAGCGAUGAGCCGCAAAUGACCGUCUCAAAUAACUUCUCGAACACCAUGGAUAUACAAGCUCAGGUCUAGAUAAUUGUACUCGAUUUCCAUGUCAUUGGCAUACCAUAUAGUUCAGGGUGUUCUCUGUAGAAUUGAAAUCAGAUGAUGACUAAACAGAUGAGGGAGCUCUAGUUGGAAGCUUGAGAAAUCAGAUGAUUCCAUUUACAUUUUCAAAAACAAAAGAGAUUUCCAAAGUUUUAGAUUAGAAGGUAAACCUGAGCAUUUUUCAACUAGCAUAAACUUACACUACUAAACUCUAUGAUUCGGUUUCUCAACGUAGUGUCCAAAAAAUAAGAUUAGAAUGUAAAAGUUAAAUGUUUUAACCAUAGAACAUAACAGACAUGUCUUUUAUCUCAGAUUCGAACGAUACAUUCUAGCAUUUUGAUUUUUAAGAUUAGUGAUCGUUGGGUGUUGUUAUUAUUUUUUUUCUUCUUUCUUUCUUUGAGAUGUUUUAUGUAAUGCCUCAGGCUUAAGACACAUCUGAUAUGUACUAUAAUUUGCACUUGUGUAACAUUUUUAUCCUUUAAUAUACGAGUAGCUGCCAACUCAUAUUUUGCUAUUA